AAAGCAUUUUGCAAGGCAUUUAUAAAAGUAAGGGAUAUGUUUUCAUUGAAUCACCACAACCUCUGUUAAAAAUUGGAGACUGUUAUUUCUGGAAACUACAGAAUUUUCUUUGGAAAUAUCCCCCAACUCAAAAGAAAGUCUGACACAGCCUCAUAAGAAUCUGUGUUGUAAUAGGUGCUGUGUCACUGAAAACCACUGAAAAGACAGGGUUAAGAACACAAAAUGAGUUGCAAACCAUAUAUGGAGAAACCCAUUUCUUAAAACUUGUGAUGAACUCAGUUCUGCUUUCCAUUUUUUCAAAGCUGAAGUCGGCUAUGCUUUGUAACGCUGCCAGCUGAGAACUCUCAAAAACUGCAGCCGCUCGGAUUGCAGCCUCCCGAGGCUCCAUGCCAGACAGACUGAGCAUGCGAGUCACACUUGCUACGGCAGCCUGGAUGGUUUCUUUCGUCUCUAGUUAUUCCUUUACAGAAAAUACUUUGCCAGAUAUUGAAAAUGAAGAUUUCAUCAAAGACUGUGUUCGAAUUCAUAAUAAGUUCCGAUCAGAGGUGAAUCCAACAGCCAGUGAUAUGCUAUACAUGACUUGGGACCCAGCACUAGCGCAAAUUGCAAAAGCAUGGGCAAAAUAUUGUCGGUUUGCACAUAAUGUACAGCUGAAGUCACCCCACAAGCUGCACCCAAACUUUACUUCGCUGGGAGAAAACAUCUGGACUGGGUCUCUAUCCAUCUUUUCUGUGUCUUCAGCCAUCACAAGCUGGUAUGAUGAAAUCCGGUACUAUGACUUCAAGACUCGGAAAUGCAAUAAAGUCUGUGGCCAUUACACUCAGGUUGUUUGGGCAGAUAGUUACAAAGUUGGCUGUGCAGUACAAUUUUGCGCUAAAGUUUCUGGCUUUGAAAGUCUUUCCAGGGGAGCACAUUUUAUAUGCAACUAUGGACCAGCAGGGAAUUACCCAACAUGGCCAUAUAAGAAAGGAGCCACUUGCAGUGCCUGUCGCAAUAAUGACAAGUGUUUGGACAAUCUCUGUGUUAACCCACAGCGAGACAAAGUCACACGUUACUACUCUGUUGUGUAUCCAGGCUGGACCAUAUCUUCACGUAACAGAUACACUUCUCUCUUUCUCAUUGUUAGUGCAAUAAUUCGGCUACUAUCUGUUAUAGUUACCAUUUUCGUAAAGCACAAAUACCCUAAUUUAGUUCUUUUGGACUAAUACAAUCCAGGGGAAAAAACUUUAUUCAUAUAGGGCUUUUUUUAACCAGUAACGAUUGGGUGUAUUCAGACAAAAAAAUGUUACUGCAAUAAACCCUUAUUUAAAAGAAGAAAUUGUACUGGAUAAACUCAUGUUUACUUUCCAUUUUUCUAUGAAUAAGCACUGUUUUUAGGCUACCAUAGCUGGACUUUCAGUAAUCAAUCUAGGUUCAGCUUCCAAAUCUGCAAAAUUAGCAAGAUAUAUUUAGGUGAUUCUAUGUAACUAACUCCAGUGGCCCUCAUUGGUUAAAAACAUUAUCCCUACUUCUCAUAUACUGUUUUAACUCUAAUCUUAUAAUUUGAUGUCUUGCUGGUUUUAGAAUAGCAACUAAAGGAUUUUAUUUCAGAGGCCUUAAUGUUCUCCUUGUGAGGUGUUUAAUUUUGGCAUAAAACAAAAUUAUAAAAAGGGUUAAACCUAAAUAUUUAGAAAGAGGUCAUUGAAAAAUUGGUAUUUAUUUUCCUGAAAACCAAAUGCUGGGACAUUAUUACAGAUCUAUAUAUAAAAAUUAUUUCUAAAAUCAAGCAAAGCUUGCCUGGAACUGAUUAGGUAGGUACAAUGUAUACAAUACAUAUCACUUUCUAGUAUACAAUAAUUUAUAUUUAUAAAGAACACUAUUAAAAAUCAGGAAAAAAGUGAUCCAAGUGUUACUUCUCACAAAUAAGGCAACUAAUGCCCUAGUACCUCAAAAUCCUUCACAAAAGGAGAUAGCUUAAGUUGUACUUAAGGGGAUUUUUUUGUUUACUUUUUUGUCUUCUUUUUCUUUUCAUCUGCUUCCAUCUUAAGCUUAACUUCUUCAGCCGUAAGAGCUCCCAGUUUCUUACUCUUUGCUUUCUUAACCUUUUCCUUGAUGGUGGCCACAUCAAUUUUAGUUUCAGUAGAAGCUAGAUGGAUUAAAAACACAAUAUAUGUAAUUCUUUACCAAAUAAAACAAAGAAUAUGUGUUGACAAUAAUUUCAAGUACUAUUAUUGAAAGAUCAUCUUAUAAAAC